AUGUCAUCGUUUUUCAAAAGAAGUUCCAGGGACAAAGACCGAAAGGACAAAACACCCACAGGAAGAGUUUCGUCGACAUCGUCGACCAUAUCCGUUGGUGGUGGAUCAAAUUCAAGUCGACAAGGGAGCAUCAGCGCACCAACCAAGGUUAUCCAGGCCUUACGGACUUACAUUGCUCAACAGCCUGGGGAACUGAGUUUCAAGACAGGGGAGUUUUUUUAUGUCACACAGCAGGUGACGUCUAACGAUCCUUGGGUCACUGCUCACGAUCCCGUGAGAAAUAUUCAGGGACGGGUCCCUGCAUCCUAUUUCAAAUUCUUUGACAAAACACACAAACCGUCUGCGGAGAGCCCCACCUCUCUCGCUAGCGGAAGUCCAAAAGUUGGUAACAGCUACUCACCAACAAUGUCCGCAAACAAGAGAGUGGCUCCCCAGCCGUCGUUAUAUGGCCGUUUACUCUAUGAUUUCAAAGCUGAAAGACAAGAUGAGCUUGACGUGUCAGCUGGCGAUAGCAUCAUCAUUUGCGCACAUCAUGAAUACGAGUGGUUCAUCGGAAAAUUCUUUGACAAAAUCGGCGAGCCUGGUCUUGUCCCUGUGAGUUAUGUGCAGUUGUUCGAUAUCACCUCCAAAGUCCCAUACAGUGGAUCUUCCAAAGAAAUCAUUGACAGAGAAAAAAUACCCACAAUCGAGGAGUGGAAGGCUAUCAAGAACCGACACAAGGCAAGCGCAAGAACGGUUGGUGUUGCUGCUCACAAGGAAAGUCUUUCGAGAUCAUCAUCUUCGGGCAAAUUCCGUGCGCAGGAGACAUCGUCCGUUUACACUGUUGACGUGAAUAUCGAGUCAUUCUCCUGCACAAAUGGCAAGUACUGGUAUUUGGUUAGAGUGCUGUUUAACAAUGGAAUCACCAGAAGUUUGUGCCGCUACUACGAGGAUUUCUUCAAUUUCCACCAAAAUGUUUUGAGUACUUGGCCUAAAGAAGGUGGAAAAUUUGACAAUAAAGACAAAAAGGAGAGAAUCAUCCCAUUCAUACCAGGACCAUUGAUGGAGGUCAGCGAGAGUCUUUGCCACAAAAGACUGGUUGAUCUGGACUUGUACCUGAAAGGUCUGAUCCAGCUACCCGACUACAUUUCCAGGAGUACACUAGUCAAUUCAUUCUUUGACAUUUUUGAAGGAGACCAAGAGUUCACGAGUCUUGAUGCCGUGCAAAAAAUUCCUAUCCAGCCCCUGAGAAACCCACCAAACAUGGUGAUUCUCAAUAAGAGCGAAUCUCCAGAUACCCACCAUCAUCAUAGCACAAGAAACUCGCAAUACCAACAAGAUCGGUUAUCGCAUUACGAGAGAACCAACUCCAUUAAUAACAGAUCCAACAGUGUACACAUGCAGUCCCAGCCUCGGAGCCAGUCGCUGGUAUCAUCGUCCUCGUCGUCGGCGAGAAUCCCCUCCAACUCCACAGCCAAUGGAAUACAUCAUCCUUCAAACGGCACCUCGAUCACCCCAAUUGAGCCAAACUCCGAGUCCGUCAGCAAGAUCAAGCUCAAGUUCUACUAUAAGGACGACAUUUUCGCCAUUGUGGUUCCCGAGAACAUCCCGCUGUCGAACCUGAAGAAGCUCAUCGUUCCGAGAAUUGAUGAAUUCAACGACCCGGCAGUUGACCAGAAACUCAAGGUGAUUCCUAAGACCUCGCAGAACCUCAGCCAUUCCUCGUACGAGCCAGGCUCUGAGAUUUCCUCGGACGCAGCUCUGUGGACCUCCGAGUCCUUCUGCGACAAGGGCAAGUUUUUGGUGGUUAUAUAA